CUGUCAUGUCACGGAUUUUCGUGAUUCCGUCGCGACUGCCUGAUUGAACCCUCCACUCGAUUCGACGCGUCUACAAUGAGAUUGCGACAAUAAUCUCCAUCUUUGCUCUCUCACCUCUCGAUGUCAAUAAGUUCAUGAAUUGAUCACGAUCAAACGUCAAUAUGGCUAGUCAAAGGGAGCCGGAUGAUGAGGCCAUCCAAGACGAUGAGCUUCAGUACGGUCAUGGCCCAAUGACCAUGGAAGAGCUUGAUGACAAGUAUGGUGGUGACGAAGAUACUCCACGGCCUCGGAAUCAUUCCAAAACACCUCCAUUCUCAGAGCUGCUAGUAUCUCUCUUCAAUCCUCUCAAUGACAACAAGAAGCGACCUACUGGCCCCAAAGUUGUUGCAAAGAAAGGCCCCGGAUCAAAGACCGUAUCGCCGCAUGAGCAGCGGCGCAACAUUAUCCAACAGUUCAUCUUACGAUGGCGCAGUCAGGUUGGCAAUGACUUUUACCCCGCUCUUAGACUCAUCUUGCCUGAGAAGGAUCGAGACAGACCAAUGUACGGUCUCAAAGAGAAAGCGAUUGGCAAGUUGAUCGUCAAGAUGCUCAAGAUCAAUGCCAAUGGCGAUGAUGCUCAAAGUCUGCUCAAUUGGAAGCUACCUGGUCAGACCACUGCAAGUCGUAUGGCAGGUGAUUUUGCUGGAAGAUGUUUCGAGGUUCUAUCCAAACGAGCAAUGCGACAAGAUUUUGGGGACAUGCGAAUUGCUGAGGUGAACGAGCUUCUCGACAGACUUUCAGCUGUCUCGAAGGAGGAAGACCAAUUGCCUAUCUUCUCGCAAUUCUAUAACAGAAUGAAUGCAGACGAACUUCUUUGGCUGAUUCGCAUCAUCCUUCGGCAAAUGAAGGUGGGCGCAUCUGAAAAGACCAUAUUAGAGAUGUGGCAUCCCGAUGGGGAAAUUCUCUUCAACGUCUCUUCAAGCCUGAGGCGAGUAUGCUGGGACCUCUGGGAUCCAUCAAUUCGGCUUGAUGAUGAUCGGAGGGGCAUUGAGUUGAUGUCAUGUUUUCAGCCUCAACUAGCACAGUUCUCACAACAUUCAAUCCAGAAGAUGAUCGAAAGAAUGGGUUGCACCUCUGACAAUCCGGAAUUCUGGAUCGAAGAGAAAUUAGAUGGCGAGCGCAUGCAGCUACACAUGAAACCAGACCCCAAUGUCAAGGGAGGACGAAAGUUUGCUUUUUGGUCUCGAAAGGGUAAAGACUAUACGUAUCUGUACGGAAGUAGUCUCGAAGACCAAAAUUCGUCCCUAACAAGGUUUCUCAAAGAUGCCUUUGAUCCGGGUGUUGAGAGUAUAAUUCUAGACGGCGAGAUGAUCACCUGGGACCCAGUGACAAGAUCCAUGGUUGGCUUCGGAACGCUCAAAACCGCAGCUAUAUCUGAGCAGCGGAAUCCUUACGGAGAAACAGGACAUCGACCUUUGUUUCGCAUCUUUGACUGCCUUUACAUCAACGACAAAGACAUUACAGGCUUCAUGUUACAAGAUAGGCGCGAGGCUCUAGAACGUGUUGUCAAGAACGUUGAUAUGCGCCUAGAGAUUCACAAGUACCAAGUGGCAGCGACUGCAGCAGAAGUCGAGACUGAACUUCGCAAGGUUAUUGAGGAGGCAUCUGAAGGACUUGUGUUGAAGAACCCACGAUCUGUGUACCGCCUAAACAGCCGUAAUGACGACUGGAUGAAGGUCAAGCCUGAAUAUAUGACUGAAUUCGGAGAGUCCCUGGAUUGUGUUGUGAUUGGAGGAUACUAUGGUUCCGGGCAUAGAGGUGGGAUGCUGUCCUCGUUUUUGUGCGGCCUCCGCGUGGACGAUAAUGCCAUCAAGGCAGGUGCUGAUCCAAUGAAGUGCUUAUCUUUCUUCAAAGUUGGUGGCGGUUUCCGAGCUGAGGACUACGCCAAAGUCCAUCACAAGACUGAGGGCAAAUGGCGUAAAUGGGACAGGAACAACCCUCCGCGAGAUCUCAUUGUCCUUGGAGGCAACGAUAAUCAGCAAUUCGAGCGACCUGAUGAGUGGAUCAAGCCAUGUGACUCUGUUGUUCUGGAAGUCAAGGCAGCAUCUGUUGCGGCGUCGGAUCAUUAUGGAUACCAAUACAGUUUGCGAUUCCCUCGAUUCAAGAAGCUAAGGGAUGAUAAGAGCUGGAAAGAAGCGCUUUCGACUUACGAAUUUGUGGAGCUGAAGAGCCGUGUUGAGGAAGAAUCUAAGAACAAGGCACUAAAGAUCGAUACCAGUAGGAGAGCCUCGAAACGUUUGAAGAAGGAAGUGUUGAUCGCUGGCAAUAAUACAAAAAUAAGGACGCCUUACGCAGGACCUCAAACCAAAGCUUUCGAAGGUUUAAGUUUUUGGGUCAUGACUGGCAAGGAAGAUCAGCCGAAAAAGACCAAGGCAGAGAUGGAGCAGAUCAUCAAGAGCAAUGGCGGGAAAAUCGUCCAGAGUUCAACUGCAACGGAUAGUGUCAUUUGCAUCGGCGACAAAAGAGUGGUCAAGGUCGCAAGUCUUAUCAAAAGUGGAGAAACGAACAUUGUAAAGCCUGCUUGGGUUCUUGAUGCCUUGAAGCAAGUUGAGAUUGAUGGCGCUGAGAGACAACGGUUUCUCAUACCUUCGGAGCCGGCGCAUAUGUACCAUAUGCUGGAGGAGGUGCGCGAACACAUAGAAGGAGCUGUUGAUGAUUAUGGCGACAGCUAUGCGAGAGACGUUAACGUCGACGACCUCAGACGCCUUAUGGAAGACAUGAUACACCCUAAGGACUCAGAAUUCUCAGCAACAGAAUUCCUCUCGGAGCUCGAAGAGCGCGGAAAAGGCUUUGGAGAGGUCCCAGGUUCCAUGUUCAGGAGAUGUGUUGCUCGUUUUGUACCUGCGAACGAUGAGACAUCUGGCAUUGAUUUGGAGAUUGCCAAGAACCAAUUUCUGUUUGCUGGUGGUACCAUCGCGGGAGAUGAUGAGGACGACAGCAUUACUCAUUACAUUGUUACGAGCACGGAUUCAAAGCUUGUGAGGGAUUUACGAAAAAGUAUUUCACGUGGAAGUUUGAGGAUACCUAGAAUUGUCAGUUUGAGCUGGCUGAGUGAUAGUUGGAAGGAGAAAACUGUUCUAGACGAAGAGCAGUACGCCAUCGUUGUUUGA